UGGUCCGCGGUAAGUCCCGUUGCGUCAUCACGAAGCCAGCCUGACUCCGCCCACCCACCUGACUCCGCCCACCCGCCUUGUGUGUGCUUGCACCCGUUGCGGUGCGGCAGAUGUUCCGCCACCACCAUGGACCGGCUGACGUUCGACAAGGAGAACCGAGACCGGAUCCACGCUGUGGAUGUAUCAUUCGGUCCAGCAGGGGCGCCCCUCUCCAAGCCGGGCCGGGUUCUGAUGGGCCAGGGCCGCCUGGUGAAGCAGGGUCGCCGGAAGCUCCAGGCCAAGGACUUCUUCCUGUUCAAUGACGUGCUGGUGUACGGCCGCGUCAUCCUGAACGGCCGCUGGCGCAGCAACCAGAAGGUCAUCCCUCUGGAGGGCAUCAAGCUCGAGGACAUGGAGGACAGCGAGCGACUGAGCAACCAAUGGCUGAUCCGUACGCCCGCCAAGUCCUUCUUCGUGUCCGCCUCUUCGUACGAGCAGAAGUGGGCCUGGAUGGAGCACAUCGACCGGUGCCAGUCCAACCUGCUGCAGGGCGGCGGCUCCGGCCGGCUCGGCUCCACCUUCGCCGUGGCCUGGAUCCCGGACGAGGCCGCCUUCAAAUGCAUGCGCUGCUUCGACAAGUUCACGGCGACCAAUCGGCGCCACCACUGCCGACAGUGCGGCUUCCUGGUGUGCGGCGAGUGCUCCGCGCGGCGGGCCGUGAUCCGCCACAUCCACCCCACCAAGCCGCUGAGGGUGUGCGGCUCCUGCGACGCCAGGAGCCGGGAGGACGAGCUGGCCGGCCCGGGGGGGAGGAAAACCAAUAUUUCGGAGGAGGAGGAGGCUGCGUCCAGCGACGAAGACGAGAGGGUGGAGAUGACGCAGAGCAGCACCUACUGCAGGUGGCUGGUUGGACAGACGGGCACCUACGUGUACCCGAGGCCAAUGACCCAGAGGCCCAAAUGAGACGAUGAGGGCUCUCAGACAAUGGACUCAAAGAGGGACGCCCCUCUGAGUGGUUAUCAAAUGCAAUAGAGGGAGAAGUUCACGACGUAACCCUCCUGUUACCUUUCGGGUCAAUUUGACCCCAUUCAAUGUUUAAUGUCGGUGUUCUUUGGGGUCAAUUUGACCCCAGGCUGUUUUUCACUGUGUCAAACAUAUAAGAAAUAUCAACUUUUUUAUUUAUUUAAAGGGCUAUUUAGGUAGUCAACAAACAAACAUAAAGUACCUCACACUUAAACUUGGGAAACAAUAUUAAUUCUAAUAAUUUUCUGGAGGUUUUAAUUGCUGGGGUCAAAUUGACCCCGAGGGUAAAAUAUGUUAGUAAAUGUGAAGGUAACAGGAGGGUUAAAAGCCUUGAAAGAGAACUAUGUGUUGUAUUUUUACAUAUUUAAUGAUGUCAUUAAUGAGUUUUAACAGCUCAUAAUCAGUGGCGGUGCGUCCAUAGAGGGCGCGAGGGCGCCGCCCCUCUUAACAUUUUGAGAUGAAAAAAAAAAAAAGAAGAAGAAAAAAAUAUAUAUAUACUGUCAAAAAACAUUAUAUGCCAAAUCAUUGAAAUAGUAAAUAUACCGUGUUGACGCGCUAAAUGUGUGGGAGACCGUCAGCCUGUCAACAACCACUUAAGUUAAAUGUGACAUAAAUAAUAUAUCGCCACUCAUCGUCACGGAGAGAAGCCCCUCCCCAUUUUCGGGGCUCCGGCCUAACCUGUGUGUGCGGCAGCGAGCAAACAUUUCACGGUCGUUUCGGCAAGGACGGCUUCUCAUUGGCGGAUGAAACGUGAAUCUUGGGGCGCAAAAAUUAUUAAUUAUUAAUUAUUAUUAUUGAGAAGUUUGCCAACUUUAAAGAGAGGAGGCUACUUUUCUUUAGAGUAGUGGGUCUACUCUGUCAAACACCCAAUGUAACAUGUGCUGCAUCUCUUUCUGACUCCAUUCUGCUCUGAACCUCUCAUGCCCAAAGUUACAGUGUGUUGAUAGUUGUUAUUGGACAGUGUUGAGCACGGUGUUUUCUUGAAAUAAAGGUUUGUUUUUUACAAUAUUCUACUCAAAACCUCUUUUCUUCUCAUUGUUGAGUGCUAUUUAAACCGCGUUGCCCAACUGCGCCCAUCCCAAAAAAAAAUUCACCAGCCGCCACUGCUCACAAUCCAUGGGGGAAAAAAAAGUUUCUUCUCGCGUGUGAUUUGAUGUCAGAGGAUGUUGAAAGAGCAGUUUGUGUGGUCGUGAGAGUGCAAAGUAAGAGUUUAUACUUUCAUUUUGUUUUGAAAUGAUCUCAGAACAAAAGAGCGCUCACAAAACUUGUAAAUGAUUCGUUUCUUUGGUGAUUAUUAGAUUAUUGAGUCAGAUGCACCAGUCACACUUGUAUUAACUUUAUCUGUAUCCUAAAAUGUUAUUAAAUCUCUAUUUUCAUAAUUA